AUGGCUGGCAGUCAACCACGCCUACAGACAUGGAUCUAUUCUACUUUCUCCGCCACAUUUCAUCGUCUGGCGGCGAAGUGUCUUACACGGGAAAUACCGGGGAUUAUCCCUAAUGAGGUGUACACUGUGGAUGUGGAACUGCGGCCUACGAAUGUCGUGUUGCAGAAGGGUGAGCGCCUCGUUUCAGAUAUCGGCGCUUCUGAACUGGCUGGUAGCGGUUUGUUCCAGCACAAUGGUCCAAGUGACAGGCCGGAAAGCGUUUUCAAGGGCAACAAUCAUGUGCACUUCGGACCCAACUAUGAGAACUGGAUCAGUCUUCCCGUAAAUCCAAGCAGCGAUUGA